UUUAGGGAGUAAGUACAAUUUUUAUAACUUUUUUGGGAUAAAGUGGGACUUUAAGAUUUAAAUAAACAAUGCAGGAGGUGGAAAGUAUUGUCCCUCCCAGGUUUAAGGAAUAUCGGAACCAAGAUGGUUUUACUCCUAGGCAAUUGUUUACGAAGAACCAUAAGGACUUGAUGAAAGAAGGAGAGAAAUGGAUGAAGGGCACUGCAACUUCUUGUACAGUAGUAGGCGCUCUCAUUGUUACUAUUAUGUUUGCUGCAGCAUUUACUGUUCCAGGUGGUAACAAACAAGAUACUGGCUUUCCUAUAUUCUCAGAUGAAAAAGUGUUCAUGCUCUUUAUAAUCUCUGAUGCCUUGUCGCUCUUUUCCGCUGCAACUUCAGUCUUGAUGUUUUUGGGAAUCCUAACUUCACGCUAUGCAGAAGACGAUUUCCUUGAAUCCUUGCCAAGAAAGAUGAUCAUAGGCCUUUCGACUCUUUUCUUUUCCAUUGCGACCAUGAUGAUAGCCUUUUGUGCUACUCUUUAUAUUAUGCUACAGAGACAAUCAUGGAUAAUCAUUCCUCUAAUUUGUUUGGCUAGUGUACCCAUCACCUUAUUUAUAUUGGUGCAGUUUCCCCUUCUAGUUGAGUUGUUCAUUUCAACUUACGGACCAGGCAUCUUCGACAAGAAAAUGAAGCAAUGGGUAUAGCUUUAUUCAUUUUGAUGUAUAAUGUAAACAUCCUCCACUAAGAAUUGGCAUACCAGCCAAAACUGUGAUUUUUUUUUUUCUCCCUUUUUCACGGACUAAUGGCUGAUAAAUUUUUUGUUGGUUUACUUUGUAUAUUUUGUGAUUCAUUCAA